AUGUGCGAGCCGCAGUGGGACGCUUUGGCCGAGAUCUACCUGAAAAAGCAAAACAAUCAACCGGAAAUCACCUGUUUGUGCAGCAGAGUUUUUAUUCGGAAUAAGGACGUAUACAAGGUAAACACUUUUCAAAGCGAGUUUAGUGCAUCAGAAGAGGAAGUGCAGAAUGAAGAGGAGAUUCUGAGUGAAUGCAACUCUUUACCGACCAUACAACGUACGUCAAGCAAGCCCGAGAACGAAACUGAGACUCUCAGCUGCUACUGCAGCGCCUCUCACACCGACAACUUUUCCACGGACGAACACGACAGCUUGAGAGACGCCUACGAAAACAUCUCGCUGAUAAAAGGUUUGCAAUCGAGCGACAGCGGCGCCGAUUUGACCGAAUUCCUGCGUCACGAUUUGGACGCGGACUGGCAAAAAUUCUGGUCGUUGAACGGCGAAAAGCUCAUAUGGGAAUCGUGGAUCGACAAGUACAGCGCAUACAUUAACCCCGACUAUCUUCACACGCAAGAUAACACUGAAAAAGGAUCCAGACAGCCAUUGGUGCCGGACAAGUUUAAAUUCGACGACAAAGAUUUGGCAACGUACACCUGCGAAGUAAUCAAAUCCGAUUCGUCGAGCAUUAACAGUAAAAAAGUGCGCGGCGUUUUGAGUCGCGAUUUGUCCGGUAGCGACGAGAAAAUCGGCAACGACGUCUCCGAAGGGUGGAACCCUUUGUCACCGGCAAGCGUAGAAUGCGAAACGGAGGUGGAGCGGCUUCUGAGUUCUCGUUGCGGCUCCCAGGCGAGCAGUUCCCUUCGCACUGUUGACUCCAUGACAAACGUCACUCGCAUGACGGUAUCUUCGAUAGAUUUGAGCCCGAGUUCCGACAGCUUCUCAUCGGUAAGUUCCGCGCAAAGCUCCCUGAGCAGCGAAGAUUCCGAGGAGGACUACCAAAAUCAGUGGAACGUUUUGUGGAAAAAACAUUACGAGGAAGAGUACACCGAGCAGUACAACAAGUUUAUGUCGUCUAUGCUCGAUGCGGGUGAGGUCACAACGAGUAACACGAACACCUUCUUGAAGAGUCAAGCGAUUCUGCCCAAGAGAAACUUCCUGAAAACUUUGGCCUCCAAGGGGGAGUUCUCCUUAUUGUCCGAUACUUUGGGCGAGCUGUUGAGCUCGUUACACGUCAGCACGGAAAGCAACAUGGAGGAGGAAAAAUUGGCCAGCGGUUCGGAAGACAACAACGAGCAGCAAACGAUGCUCGCAAUGGGUCUUCCCGUAUCUUUCGGCACGAAAAACAACCCCAAACAAAAACAAGACCCCAAGUUAACCUCGACGGACUCUUUCGACGCUUCCCGCAGCAGAAUCAAGGCUGCCUUUAAUCUAAUAGGUAUCGAAUACCAGGAAAACAAUGACGAACGUUACGGUGGCAACGUGGAUUACAAGUUGAAACACAUCAGGCUUCAAAACCGGCACUUAAAGUUGAAACCGCAAGCGAAGAAGGCCAAACACACUCGCUAUGAUGAUGACGGCAACGUUGUGGAGGAGGCAGAGGUCGACGAAGCUGAGCUAAAUUUCCAAAGCAUUUUGGAGGACGACGACAGUUCCGAUAACGAUUUAAUUUCGUGCGAGGACGAAUUCGCCUCGACGGAGACCAUAACCGCAAAACUCGAGGAGACGAACCAGGACGCGAAAACGCCCAAAAAAAAGAAACGCAAAAAGAAAUCCAACUUGCCGUUGGAGAUCAAGGAGAAUGCCAAGCUGCGGAAGUACUGGCACCGCCGCUUUUCCCUCUUCAGCAAGUUCGAUCAGGGCAUCAAACUGGACGAGGAAAGUUGGUACUCCGUGACGCCGGAAAUAGUGGCCAAGCACACCGCAGAAAGGUUAAAAUGUGACGUCAUCGUGGACGCUUUCUGCGGAGCCGGCGGAAACGCCAUACAGUUCGCCAAAACUUGCCAACAAGUGAUCGCAAUAGACAUAGACGCGAAGAAGAUCGAGUUGGCGAAAAACAACGCCGAGGUUUACGGCGUUGCCGAUAAGAUCGAGUUCGUGGUGGGGGAUUUUUUGACCCUCUGCAGCGGUUUGAAGGCCGACGCGGUUUUUAUGAGCCCCCCUUGGGGGGGACCCUCCUACCUGAGCAUGCCCGUCUACGAUUUGGCAACAAUGCUGCAGCCCGUGCCCUAUGCGGAAUUGUUGCAGUGCGGCAUGCGGAUUUCGCGGAAUUGCGCGGUUUUCUUGCCCAGAAAUAGCAAUACUCAUACCUUGAUUUCCGAGGCAGGACCCGGCGGUAAAGUGGAAAUCGAGCAGAAUUUCAUCAACCAAAAACUCAUCGCAAUUACAGCUUACUACAGUGAUCUCAUUAGGGAAAAAUAA